CAAUAUCAACCAAUCUUUCCAGCUUCAACUGCUAUUGUAUCUCCCUCCCGCGCUCUCCUCCUACUCUUCCAUUUCUCUUUCUUACGCACACAUCUCUCACAAUGGCUGCUACUCAGACCCCGGAAGUCCUCUGGGCCCAGCGCUCGUCAAGCACUGAUCCCGAGAAAAACCUUCUCUACGUCCACCUGGCCGUGCCCGAUGUCUCCCCCUCUUCCGCAAAGCUCUCCCUUACUGCAACCUCUAUUUCCUUCUCGGGUUACUCAGACACGAAGAAGGUCGACUACAAAGUGGACCUGGAGCUGUACGAUGAUAUCGACGUCGAUAACUCCAAAUCGCAUCACUCCCCUCGUGGUGUCGACCUCGUAUUAAGAAAGAAGGAAGCCAAGGACGAAUACUGGCCCCGCUUCUUGAAGGAAACCAAGAAGGUCCAUUUCCUUAAAACGGACUUCGAUAAAUGGGUUGAUGAGGAUGAACAAGACACAUUAGCAGAUGAUGACUACGGCAACUUGGGUGACAUGGGUGGAAUGGGCGACAUGGGUGGCAUUGACUUCUCGAAGCUGGGAGCCGGUAUGGGCGGGAUGGCUGGUAUGGACGCGAUGGCCGAUGAAGGUGGUGAUGAUGAAGGAUCGGAGGACGAUAUGCCUGCAUUGGAAGAGGACAUCAAGGACGGUGAUGCUAAAGAUACGAAGCCUAAGAUCGAGGAGGUGGCUUAAAAUGUAUUUCCUAUUUUCUCUUGUGGUUGUCGUUUUGUGUCCUUUCCAGCUAGCCAUGUAUUGCCUGGUUUCUAGUAACACGUGGACUGCCGGGCGGCCUUCAAAUUCCUCUUUUGUUCGGAUGCGUGUCCCUCACCGAUAAAUGUCGACAUAUCAUCACCUCCGACAGCAGUCAAUGAUCCACUGUCAACAUCUGUCAGUUCUAAUUCCAGGGCUGGAGGGAGUUCUUACGGUGUACGGUGCGUGUAUGGGAGGAGGAUUUGGGAGGUAGACUUUUCAUUUUUAUAUGUUCUUGUUUGGCCGCUCUUGCUCUCAGUCCCAGCCUCCUUCUCACCCCCAAGGUCUGCUGUAAGGGAUAUUAGCGCACAAGCAAUUCUUUAUUCUACGAAGUCAAGGAAACCAGGAGAAAAUGAAAACGAAACCCAUAUUUAUGAAUUAAUAUGACAAAUUAUUACACUUGC